AUGCCUGUUGCAGAUGAACGGCUCCCUUAUGGAGAUGGUGCCUUCAAAGUAUUUGGCAUGGAGAAUUUUGGCAACACAUGUUAUUGCAAUUCAAUUCUUCAAUGCCUAUACUAUACCGAAUCUUUUCGAACCAAGUUGAUACAGCAUAAUCAGACUCAGCAUGACCCGAAAUUGGUAGUCAAUGGGAUCAAGUUUCAUGGAUUCACGACAAAAUAUGAACAAUUGUUACAGAAAAGGUUAAAAGAGCAAGGAGUCACACAAUUCACGCCAAGCGAAGAGAGACCAAAACUGAGUCGAAAGAGCUCAUUAUUUGGUAUCAAGUUCAAUAAUCAAUCGAGUGUUCCCACAACCAUUGUUGAACAACGGAAUGAAUACAUUGACGAAGCAGGCAAUUGUGAAGCUUUACCUUUGGACCAAAGAAUUUUGAUCAAUAAGAACCCAGAAUUUCUGAAGUUGGAAAUGAUGAUUACUAGACCUAUUAUGAGUAUCGGUGGCUAUACCUCUGGACUGAACAAUGGGAGCGCUAGUUCCAUGUCGUUCUCAAAUGCCGGAGUCAGUUUGUUCAACGGAUCAAGUAAUACUUCUGUAACCAGUGCCACUAACCCCAACAAAGCUGACUAUUCACAAAGCUCAUCGAUGCUACUCAAUGAUCAACCACAACAAACGACACAAGAGGGUUCAAUUAAUAGCAAAUCGAGUGCUAUCAUAGUGGGAAUCCCCAAACCAGAAGCAAAUUUGGUCAAUCCCAUCAAUCCAUUCAAUGCAAAUCCCAGUUCUGAUCAAAGGAAACGAUCGGCAUUGAUAAAUGGACCAAUAAUCAAUUUGGAUACGUCAUUACAAAUGCCGAGUGAGCAAAGAGACGAAACUACUCUACUUUAUGCGCUCAAGGAUUUGUUUGAAAGUAUGGUUGAGAAUAAAUCCCCUAUUGGUGUUGUUUCGCCAACUUACUUCAUAACGAAAUUGAAAGAUAAGAACUACUUGUUCCGUCAAAACAACAUGCAUCAUGACGCUCACGAAUUCUUCAACUACUUGAUCAAUGAGAUUAUUGAGAGUCUAGCCAAGGAAAUUCCUGACCCAACAAAGAAUUGGUGUAACGAUAUCUUCCAGGGCAUCAUAACUAAUGAAACUAAAUGUCUAUCAUGCGAAACUGUGACGUCAAAGCAUGAGUUUUUCCUAGAUUUAUCAAUCGAUAUUCCACCGGGUGACAGUGCUUAUUCGUUAAAUUUUGCCAUCAAUAAUUUUUCCAAACAAGAGACAUUGACAAAUCAAAAUAAGUUUCACUGUAAUACUUGUUCUGCAUUACAAGAAGCGGUGAAAACUAUCAAGGUGAAAAAAUUGCCUCAAGUUUUGGUCAUCAAUCUCAAACGAUUCAAGUACGACGAGCAAAUGGAUAAAAUGGUGAAAUUAUUUGACUCGAUUAGCUAUCCAUUUAAGCUUCGUUUAUUCAACACUACCGAAGAUGCCAAUCAGAACAUCCUUUAUGACUUGUAUGCUCUAGUUAUUCACAUUGGAGGUGGGCCCAUGCAUGGACAUUAUGUUUCCAUUUGCAAAAUCAAAGCUGGUCUUUGGUUAUUGUUUGAUGAUGAAACUGUGGAAUUAGUUGAAGAUAACUAUGUCAUGAGAUUUUUUGGCAAUGGACCAGGACUAGCUAGUGCUUAUAUUCUAUUCUAUCAAAGAAUUGAAUUUGAUGAAGCGUCAGAGCACUUUGGAUUUGACGUUUCUACACUAUACAAUGGUAAUGAUUAUGAAGUUCCCGUUCAUGCAUCUUCCAACAGCACUGACGAAGAGUCCAAAGCAACUGCUGUGCCUAUGGCAGAGACUGAUACCAAGUCGGAUAUAUCAUCAAUUAAUUCAUUUGCACCGCCGGAAGGCAAUCGAAAGCCAUCGCUAACUUCAGGCGGUAUGUUCAAGAGCUUCAAGUUUGAAAAGGACGAUAAACAACAACAACAUCAUCAGCAACAACAGCAAUCAUUAUCUCGAAGCAGUAGUUCAGGACCUUCUGCAAAGAAGGAACCACCAAUUAAAGAACCCAAAGAGAAAAAGUCUUGGGUGGGUAGUUUGAAACGUGGUGGUCUUGAACGCAAAUUGUCAUUAAAGAACACAUCUGUGAAUUCAGAGAGCAAUGGUAGUCAACCAGCUCCGCCUGCAUCGUCGGCAACUAUCGCUUCUCCCGCACCCACUCCUGUAUUGGAAAAGAGGCGAAGCUUAUUUGGAUUUAAAAAGAAGAACUCAUCGUGA